AUGCUAAGAAAGCUGUUUUCUAAUUUUUCUCGUCAAAUGGCAACAACAUCUGCAAUUCAUGGGAAAAAGGUUGCUGUGAUUGGCGCAGGCGGAGGGAUAGGUCAACCCCUCUCCUUGCUUUUGAAAGGCACGCCAUCAAGCAUCUCCAAGCUCUCUUUGUACGAUAUAUGCAAUAUGGGUAUGGCUACAGAUUUAUCGCACAUACCCACCCCUGUGGAGGUUAAUGGAUACUCUGGGGAUGAUAAUCUGUUGGAUGCCCUUAAAGGAUGCGACAUCGUUGUCAUACCUGCAGGGGCUCCUCGAAAGCCAGGCAUGACUAGAAGUGAUCUUUUUAACAUCAAUGCUGGGAUUGUUAAGAAUCUGGCAGUUUCCUGUGCCAAAUCAUGCCCCAACGCACAUAUUUUGAUCAUUUCUAAUCCUGUUAACUCGACGGUUCCCGUUGCCUAUGAGACUAUGAAGAAUGCGGGAAUUUCCAACCCAAGCAUAUUUGGGAUCACAACGCUCGAUGUUAUUAGAGCCGAAACUUUCAUUGGCCAACUUAAGGGGCUCGAUCCUACUUCUGUGAAAAUCGAUGUGAUCGGUGGGCACUCGGGAAAGACCAUAAUUCCUGUGCUGUCAUCAUGCUCCGUUUGCUUUGAUGACAUUGGUAAAGAGGAAAUUAAGAAGCUUAUCGAGCGAAUUCAAUAUGGCGGCGACGAGGUUAUAAAGGCCAAAGACGGCGGUGGAUCAGCAACCCUAUCAAUGGCGUUUGCCGCAAACAAGUUCAUUCAGAACUUUAUCAAGGCCUUAGACGGCCAAGGCGGAAUAGUGGAGAGUACAUUUGUUAAAACGCCAGAAGGCUCAUCCGUAUACCCGACCUCUUACUUUGCCGGUCCUGUUGAAUUAGGUCCGAAGGGCAUUUCCCGUGUUCUUCCCCUGCCAAAGCUCAAUAGCUAUGAAAAGGAGAUGCUAGACAUCGCUAUACCCGAAUUGAAGCAGAACAUUGAACAGGGCAUUAACUUUGCCCAGAGCAAAUUAUAA